CAAAACAGUUCUUGAUGGAGUGAAGAGCGAGAAACCACAGUGAGGACUCCAUACAUUCGGGAUUGGAUGUGAGUUGACUUUGACCAUACCAAAGCGAAGAUGAAGUUGCUAUGGAAACUGUUGGUUCUGCAGUCGUUCCUGGGGUGCCUUGCAGGCAAUGCGCUGCAAAACCUGGUGUUCUCCAAGCAGCCGGGCAGCAUUGUAUUUCCAGUGGACUCUAUGGAGAAGAGCAGGGAGGUGGUUUUCAGCUGUGAGGCGCAAGGUGACCCUCCUCCGUUUUACAGGUGGAAGCUAAAUGGCAGCGUGGUCAACCCUAAACCCGGCUCCCAUCACAGCCUCACUGGAGGAAACCUUCGCAUCAACCACCUCAAUAAAGACAUGGACGCCGGGACGUACCAGUGCCUUGCUUCUAACUCCUUCGGGACGAUUGUCAGCAGGGAGGCCAGUCUAACCUUUGCCUACUUGGAAAACUUCAAAACCCACAAGCGGAGUUCAGUGUCUGUUCGGGAAGGCCAGGGAGUGGUGCUUCUCUGUGGGCCUCCUCCGCACUCAGGAGCUUUGACGUUUUCCUGGAUUUUUAACGAGUACCCAUCAAUCGUGAAGCAGGACUCUCGUCGCUUUGUGUCUCAGGAGACAGGGAAUCUGUAUAUCGCUAAAGUUGAGCCGUCGGAUGUAGGAAACUACACCUGUGUCGUGACUAAUACCGUCACCAAAACACAAGUACAAGGGCCGCCAACUCCACUCAUACUGCGCACAGAUGGUAUUAUGGGAGAAUAUGAGCCAAAGAUUGAAGUACAGUUCCCGGAAAUUGUGCAAGUGGCUAAAGGUUCAACUGUGCGCCUGGAGUGUUUUGCAUUAGGAAAUCCUGUACCAUCCAUAAGCUGGCGUCGAGUAGACGGAGUCCCUUUCGCUCGUAAGGUGGAUGUAAGAAAAACCAGCGGCGUGAUGGAAAUCCCUUACUUCCAGCAGGAGGACGCGGGUACAUACGAGUGUGUGGCAGAAAACAGCAAAGGAAGAAACUCCGUGCAGGGAAAGCUCUCUUUCUUUGCCUCGCCUCAGUUAAUUGAGAAGCCGCAGGAUGUGCAGAAGCCCAUCGAUGACUCUCUGGUGUGGGAAUGCAAGGCCACGGGGAAACCAAAACCCUCGUACAGGUGGAUGAAGAAUGGAGAAAACCUGGAGCCCACUGAGGAGAGGGUGCAGGUCAUUAAUGGCGCCCUGUCCAUCACUCACCUGGCACUCUCUGAUAUUGGGAUGUACCAGUGUGUGGCUGGAAACAAGUAUGGAGAAGUCUAUUCCAAUGCUGAACUCAGAGUUAUCGCCGUCGCUCCCGAUUUCUCCCAGAACCAGCUGAAGAGUCACACUUUGGUGAAAGAAGGUGGCGACGUCCUCAUCGAAUGCAAGCCCAAAAUGUCUCCCCGAGGCUCGAUAUCCUGGCGCAAAGGCAACGACGCCCUCAGAGAAAGCAGCAGGAUUGCUGUAUUGGAGAGUGGAAGCCUUCGGAUAUCCAAUGUCAGCAAAUCUGAUGCUGGAUCGUACACAUGUGUCGCCCAUAACCAGUUUGGUGAAGCCAGCAGCUUAGGAAACCUGCUUGUGAAAGAGCCAACGAUCAUUACCACAGCUCCAAACACACUGGACGUGACGGUCGGCGAAAGCAUCAUUCUUCCAUGUCAGGUGUCAUACGACCCCUCGCUGGAGCUGAAGUUUACCUGGUUCUUCAACGAGCAGCUCAUUCACUUCGGCAGCCAUGGAGGAUACUUCGAAAAAGUUGGCGGACAACACUCAGCAGGUGACAUCAUGAUCCGCAACAUUCAGCUGAGGCAUGCUGGGAAAUACACGUGUGCAGUGCAGACCAAGGUGGACAGCAGCUCCAUCGCAACUGACCUGAUUGUCAGAGGUCCCCCCGGCCCCCCUACCAGCAUCCAUGUGGAAGAAAUCACAGAUACCACUGCCACUCUCUCCUGGAGGCCUGGUCCUGAUAAUCACAGUCCAAUUACUGCCUACACCAUCCAGGCUAGAACCCCUUUCUCCCUCGGCUGGCAAGCUGUUAGCACAGUGCCAGAGGUGGUGGGGGGCUCACAUCUCACUGCUACAGUAAUUGAGCUCAACCCCUGGGUGGAGUACGAGUUCAGAGUGUUGGCAAGCAAUGCAGUGGGCACAGGAGAGCCCAGCAAACCCUCCAAGAAAGCCCGGACCAAAGACACAGUUCCCAAGGUCACGCCAGCCAACGUGAGCGGAGGAGGUGGCAGUCGAUCAGAGUUAGUCAUCACUUGGGAGCCUGUUCCUGAAGAGCUCCAGAAUGGAGCAGGCUUUGGUUACGUCGUUGCUUUCCGGCCCUUUGGCUCCACCGGGUGGAUGCAGGCGGCAGUUCCCUCUCCUGAAGCCUCCAAAUACGUGUUCAAAAACGAGACCAUCUUACCCUUCUCUCCGUUCCAAGUCAAAGUCGGGGUGUACAAUAACAAGGGGGAAGGACCUUUUGGACCGGUGAUCACCAUCUACUCUGCUGAGGAGGAGCCUGGACGAGCACCCAGUCGACUCAGAGCCAAGAGUCUUUCAGCGUCUGACGUUGAGGUGUCCUGGAAAGCCCUGCCCUGGAGCACCAGCAAAAAGCGUGUUCUCGGAUACGAGUUGAGAUACUGGGAGAAGAAUGAGAAGGAAGAUGCGUCUAGCGUUCUGAGGACAGUUGGAAACCGAACGCUGGCUAUUAUUCAGGGCUUAAAAGGAAGUAGCACUUAUUAUAUAACGGUGAGAGCCUACAACACAGCAGGAACAGGCCCACCGAGUCCAGUGGUCAACAUUACUACCAAAAAGCCUCCUCCCAGCCAGCCGCCAUCAAAAGUCAUGUGGAAUACAUCCAACUCUAAAAUUAUCCUGAACUGGGAACAGGUGAAGCCACUGGAAAAUGAAUCAGAGGUUAUGGGAUAUAAGGUCAUGUACAGGAGGAACCGCUUCAGCAGACCCAACGUUAUGGAGACCAACACCACCUCAGUGGAGCUUUCCCUGCCCACAGAUGAGGAGUACAUCAUCCAGAUCAAACCGUUCGGAGAGGGAGGAGAAGGCAGCAGCAGCCGACAAAUCACCAUUCCCAGAAUAUCAGGUCCCAACGCCAUCGGCUCUGCUUCCAGUGUGUCCACUCUCUCAGCUCUCAGUACAAUAGCUCUGUCUCUCACAGCUCGCACAUCUUUAUGACAGAACACAGCGCGGGCCGCUGACUUCACGCCACACGGUCUUCCUCCAAAGGAGACUCUGAGAAAAGUGACUCAGACAGAUCGAUGAAAACCCAUUCAUACAAACCAGAGGACCUACGUGAACCAUAAUACCAGGAUGAAGAGAAAAGCGAUAAAAAAAAAAAAAAACGGGUUGUGUGGUUCACUAGCCAAUUCAAAAUGAGAUCGAAGGAUUAUGGGAUUGAAUUUGAUGUUACCAAAGCAGCUUAAAAAAAAUUUGAGGAAUAUAUGUCACAUGCUUCUUUUGUAUGUUAGACAUAUUUAGCUUUUUACCUUUUUUUUCUGUUUCUCUUUGGUUUGUUUGAUCCAGUCGGUCUGUCUGUUCCUAUUACAGUACGCCGGGUGUGUAGGAACUGCUUUAGAUGCAUGUCAUGUACAAUGUUUUGUAAGAGAAUGCAAGUGUCUGAAACUUAAUCAUUUAAAGCGAGACAUAUUUGGCUGAAAACCAACUAAUCAUCAUAAUUUGAGGCCGACGCUCCUCUGAGGGUCACAUGUACUUAACGAGCAAAGAAUCUCCAAGGACUUCUUACUGUUUACGACGCGGGAAAACUUGCACUGAAAUCACGUCUGGAUGAAAGCGAAAAACAUUUUAAAAAACAAAAAUAGAAAAAAAAAACCUGACCAGAAACCCGAGAGAAUGCUGCUACGAGGCCAAGGCGGACUCCUGAAUGCUGAUCAUUAGCAUUUUUGUCACCUCCAUCCUCUCUGGUCAGCAGGAAAAGACACCAGGCGUUCAUGUUGACCGUCUCUUUUUUCCGUCAUCUUCCGCUUCACUGUUUGUGUGUCGCAUCUAGAGCUCUUUUUUGCCUUUUGUGUGCCUCAUUGUGUGUUUUUUGGAAUCCUCAGGUCCUCAGAAAAGCCUUAAUACAUAUUUCUUAGCGUUACCUACUUAGAUAAGUGCUGGACGCCAGUGCUGUGAGUGGUUAGUCAAACAGGAUGCUGGGGUUUUUGGGUAGUUGGUGCGAGUUUAUUGCUUCCAUGUUCCAUAUUAUAACAGCCCUAUGCUGUUUCUCAUUGUUUCAAGGCAAUACAGUGUGUGUGUGUGUGUGUGUGUGUGACCUCUACUAAUGUAGGGGCUGCGGGCUCUGCGUUUUUUUUAAAAAGGCAUGUGGGAUGGUGUGAUGAAAGUAGCUUGUCAUUUAUUGAGGUGCAAAUAGACGUACUGCUUAAAGGAACACUUCACUUUUUUUUUUUUUUUUUUGAAAUAGGCAAUCAAGUUUUACAACUUCGCUAGAGUUAAAGUGAUGUUUUUUUUUGUUUUUUUUUACCAUUUUUGAAUUCAUUCAGCCGAUCUCUGAGUCUGACGGCAGCACUUUUAGCUUAGCUUAGCAUAAAUCAUUGAAUCGAAUUAGACCAUUAGCAUCUCUCUCAAAAAAUGUUUUGAGUUUUGGUAAUUUUCCUGUUUUAUGCUAAACUUGUCUGUAGUUGCAUCAUGUACUAAGACUGAAAUUAAAAAGUUGCUAUUUUUGAACUAUACUCUUAUACUGGCGUAACAAUCAAGGAACUUUGCUGCUGUACCAUGGCUGCAACAGGCACAAUGAUAUUAUAAUGUGCUGUUAACUUGCAUAGCUGGGAACUAUUUCCAGGUGCUGCGUAAUAUUAUGGUGCCUGUUGUGAUAUUAUUAAGUAAAAAAUUCCUUGAUUAUUAAACCUGGAAGAGAGUAUAGUUCCUAGUCAAAUCAAUCUAAAAAAUAGCAGUCUUUAAACAAAAUGUAACAACAGAAGAAUUAAGUUUUAAGUAGAGAUGGCUGAUGUGAAACUAACGUUUCGACACAGCGUUGAGAUACUAAAGCGCAAGUGUUUCAAAACAUUGUGCAGACCGGCAAGAGGAGGUGAAGGAAACGUAUCAAAAUCUGACUCCAUGUGCACGUGCAUCAGUUAAGCACCUGCAGUUGAACUCAGCGCUUUAUUAUGACACUUUAACCAAUCAGUUUUUACACAAUUGACAGAAAGAAAAUACAUAAAAGUGUUGCCUGAUUGACAAGCAACACCUAAUUAUGUUCAAGAGAAUUUAAAACGCCAGACGGGACUAAUUUAUACCAUAUUUCAAAGGUAAAACCCUCUAAAAGGUAGUGUAAUCUACACAACAAUAAGUGAAGUUUGUGGGUGAGAGACCCGAGUUUGGAUAUGAUCCGGUUUUGGUCUGCUUUUGGGCAAAAAAAAGUCUGCUAUGUCUGGCUACACUGAUCACGUGACUAAAGCGAUUCAAAGCUUCAGUCAUUUUAGAAGCCCAUGAUCUCUCACCGCUUGGAACCUCUACUCUACAACGUGAAGUUUAAUACCUCAGUUUGCUUAACAGUUUCUUUGCUGAAGCUUGCUGAAGCUGUUCCAGAAUUGCUGGGAACUAUUUUCAGGUGCUGCGUGAUAUCAUUGUACCUGUUGUGAUAUUACCAAGCCAAGCUUUAAAUAGGAAAAUUAUUGAAACUGAAUUUUUUUUGGACCAAGAUGCUAAUGUUCUUAUCCGAUUCAAUGAUUUAUGCUAAGCUAAAACUGAAGAUUGGCUGAAUGGAUUCAGUAAUUGUAAACUUGUAAAAUGAGCCUAUUAUAAAAAAUAAAAAAAAAAGUGUAAUGUUCAUUUAAAGGGACACACGGAGCUCUAAGACUGUGUGAGAACAAAUGUAUAUGUAAAUGCGUUUUUGUAUAUUCCAGAUAAUUUAUAUUUAAGUGGACAGACAUCAAAGUUUCCUACAGAACUCAUCUCGGUUUUUAUCUGACAAACAGACUAGACGUUUCUUAGCUUACCGUGGGUCUGCAUGUGGAUGUGUUCAUUCCAUUCAUUAGGUACUAACCGAUGAACUUUUGACGAAAGGAUACAAAUGCGGUCCUCCAUUUCUGAAGAUUUGUGUAUCGGUGUGUCUGUCAUAGACAGAUCGCUCUUUCUCUAAGCAGUGCUUUCCAACAAACUUCUUUGGCUUUUUCCUCCAAGGUUAUCUGUUUAUACUGGAUCACAAAAUAAAAGACAUUUAUAAAAAUGA